AUGGAGACUUGUUCGCACUUGGAUUUGUUGAAAAAUUUCUCACUUGAUGAACUAAAUCAAUUCAAAAAUCCCCAUUGCUCAUCAUGUUUGGCUCCCAAUCCUAAUUUAUGGCUGUGCUUGCAACCUAUGUGUAACUACAUAGGUUGUGGAGAAUCGGUGAAGGACCAUAGUUUGCAACAUUCACAGCUUAGUAAACAUCCACUGAUCAUUAAUCUUUCAACUAAAAGGUUGUGGUGCAAUGUCUGUGAAAUGGAAGUACACUUGAAAAUGUUCAGCCAAUAUUCUCAACAUUCAUACCAGGAGCUGAACAUGUUCUUUUGUGAUGAUUCUGAUGAUUCAUACAUUGAAGAUAAGAUGGCACAACCUCGUGGUCUGGUUGGUCUUAUUAACUUGGGCAACACUUGCUACAUGAAUGCUGCUAUACAGUCACUAUCCAACUGUCCACCUCUCACACAAUUUUUUCUGGACUGCCCUGGUUAUGUAAAUUUGGCAAAAAGGCCUAAUAUAUCUAAAAUUUUUAUGAGGUUAAUGGCAGAGAUUUGGCAUAAAAACAGACCUAGGCAAUUGAGUCCAACAGGUUUGUUCAGUUGCAUCAAGCAACUACAUCCCAUGUUCAGGGGAUUUUCUCAACAUGAUUCACAAGAGUUUCUAAGAUAUUUGAUGGAUAACUUACAUGAGGAGCUGAAAGAAAUUAUCAUUACACCAGUGGAAUAUGACAGUCAAAGUGAAAAUUCAUCUACAUCUAAAUACAGUGUAUCAAAAAGUCUUACAUCUGACCUUGGUUAUGAUACAUGUGAAUCUGUUCUGGCUAAUGACCAGGCUUCUGUUGCUGUUAGUUGCAACAGUAGCAGUUCUGGCUUCACUCAAAAAGAAUUUACCUCAAGAGACAAUGUUGAUGAAGAAAGUCAUGAUAGUGACAACACACAAAUUAAUUCAGAUGAAAAUUUUGAGCAUGUUGACGAGAACGUAUUUGCUGGUGAAAUGGAAAAUUAUUCAAAAGACAUACCACCUAGAACAAGAUCACAAACAAGUUUAAGAGCGGAUAUGUUUGAUAACAUCAGAGAAUCAAAUGAAAUGAACAAAUUACAUCAAACACCAGAAUAUUCUAGUAUUAUAUCUGAUAUAUUCGAUGGACAUAUUUUAAGUUCAGUUCAAUGUAUGACAUGUGAAAACAUUUCAACCACCAAAGAAGUUUUCCAGGACCUAUCACUGCCAAUUCCAAGUUCAGAUCAAAUACCUGUUAUCAGGUCUUCAAAUGGAAUUGUUUUGAGUUCCCAUGGUUCAUCUGAUGACCUGCUAGCUAAGAGGCCUGGUUGGAUGUCGUGGUUUUAUAAUUUAUUUCGAGGAAUGAUAUGGGGACCUUCAAUACAUCUACAAGACUGCUUGGCAGCAUUUUUUUCUGCUGAUGAUCUCAAAGGUGACAACAUGUACAGUUGCGAGAAAUGCAAAAAGCUAAGAAAUGGUCUGAAAUAUUCAAAGGUUAUGAAACUUCCAGAGAUUUUAUGCAUUCAUUUGAAGAGGUUUCGACAUGACUACACGUUUUCAUCUUCCUCAGCUAGUAAAAUAAGUAGUGCUGUUGUGUUUCCUGUUGAGAGGCUAGAUAUGCAGCCAUAUUUGCACAAGGAUUGUAAAGACUCCGUGACCUCUUAUUGUUUGAUAGCUGUCAUAUGCCAUCAUGGAACUGCUAACGGUGGACAUUAUACAGCUUAUGGUUUAAACACAAUUAACAACACGUGGUAUGAAUAUGAUGAUCAAACUGUUACAGAAGUUGACAUACAACAGGUUGAGCGCUCACAAGCUUAUGUAUUAUUUUAUCAAAAACUGGAUGAUGAAAUAAAUAUAUUAAGGGAGAAAGUUCAAUCUGUCAUGAAAAUUAACAACAAUGGUUUGAUGAAAUUUUAUAUAUCACGCAAGUGGCUGUCAAAGUUUAAGACAUUUUCAGAGCCUGGUCCAAUAAACAACUACGAUUUCUUGUGUAGGCAUGGAGCAGUCAAACCUCAAUAUUCUUCAGAUAUAAUGGAUUUAGUCAUAGAGUUACCACCAAGAAUGUGGGAAUUUUUCCAUUCAACAUUUGGAGGGGGACCUUCUGUCAACCAUUUGUUGACUUGUGAUACUUGCAAAGUGGAGAUUGAAUCUCUUAAAAAGCGCAGAGAGUACGAACUCAACAUGUUUCUGCAACUGAACAGAGCUUUUAAAGAAAACGAACCAGGAAACAGUGCAGUUGUUGCGAUAAGCAUGACAUGGUUCAGAGAAUGGGAGAACUUUGUAAGAGGAAUCAGUGACAUCCCACCAAAAAAAAUUGAAAACUCUCAUAUUUGCACAAUGAGGUCAAAUUCUUCGAGUCCAGUGUUACUACAAAACUCUGAUUAUGGGCAGAUGGGUGAAGAUACUUACAACUUUCUCAGUGAUUUAUAUGGUGGUGGUCCUUUGGUUUAUGUGCAGCAAAGAAUCUAUCAGAUGAGGCUUUCAUCAUCAAACUCAGAUAAUUAUUAA